ACGGGCCACUCUUCCGCUGCUCCGGUAUCGAUGCCAUUGUCAGUGCGCACUCGAUAGUGCACAACGUCCAGCCAUACCACGGGUUUGAGCACAUCAAUGUCGAAGAUGGCUUGCUCCACCCGAUGAACGAUCUAAGUUAGGGUGUGGUCGAUCUUUUUAUUCCCAUCUGUCGCCUCCUAUCGAACUCCCACCCGAAAUGAGUCGGGCUUCAUCUCGAGUCCCUUUUCUUUUUACCAUAGCCACAGCCGUAUCGAUCGGACGGCAUGCCGCAAGAGAUGAGGGUUAUAGUAAUCACGAGCAGCCCUCCCGUACACCUGGUGUUGUCUUUUAACGGCAAACCAGAAAUAUCGGCUAACACAGUUUGUCCCGACUGGACAUUCCUAAGUCUUUAUACAAUCACUAAUCACCAAUCACCAAUCACCAAUCACCAAUCACCAAUCACCAAUCACCAAUCACCAAUCACCAAUCACCAAUCACCAAUCACCAAUCACCAAUCACCAAUCACCAAUCACCAAUCACCAAUCACCAAUCACCAAUCACCAAUCACCAAUCACCAAUCACCAAUCACCAAUCACCAAUCACCAAUCACCAAUCACCAAUCACCAAUCACCAAGAAUUGGUAUGACUUCUGGAAAAUCGAUCGAACAAAAUGCCUUACGAGUCAACCUUUUGUGUCUCGAAAAGAAUGACAUUCUGUUAAAUAGCCUUUACUGACAUUGUCCCAUCACAAAUACCAUGAUUUCCUCCCAUCUGCAUCCGGAACCGAGUCUAACAAUGGGUGACAUACCUCCUUUGUGAGCUAUAUCAAAUACUCAGAGGCCGGGACAUCGCCAAGGAUU